AUGUUGUUCACAGCAGUGACUCUUGCGCUUUUGGCCCAAGCUUUGGCUGGCCCAGUCGAUCUUGAAGAACGCCAGAGCAGCUGUCCCAAGAUCCAUGUCUUUGGUGCCCGUGAAACCACCGCAUCCCCUGGCUAUGGUUCGUCGUCGACCGUUGUCAAUCUGAUCCUCAACGCCUACCCAGGCUCCACCUCCGAGGCAAUCAACUACCCUGCUUGUGGAGGUCAGUCCUCCUGCGGCGGAGUCAGUUAUGGUAACUCGGUGGUUGCCGGAAUCAACGCUGUCGCGAGCGCCGUGAACUCUUUCAAUCAGAGAUGUCCAAGCACUCAACUGGUCCUUGUCGGAUACUCUCAGGGCGGUCAAAUCAUGGAUAACGCCCUCUGCGGAGGUGGAGAUCCAAACCAGGGCUACCCCAACACGGCUGUUCCGCUGUCCUCAUCGGCUGUCAACAUGAUCAAGGCGGCUAUCUUUAUGGGCGAUCCUCGCUAUAUCGCGGGUUUGCCGUACAAUGUCGGCACCUGCAGAGCGGGUGGUUUUGACCCUCGUCCUGCUGGCUUCAGCUGCCCAUCUGCAAGUAAGAUUCGAUCGUACUGCGAUGCUGCCGAUCCAUACUGUUGCAACGGAAACAAUGCCAACACUCAUCAAGGCUACGGCACCGAGUACGGACAGGCAGCUCUUACCUUUGUCAAGAGCAAGCUGAGCUAG